GCUACCCCUGACUUUUUGGCGGGUUAGUGCAGGUGAAAAUCGUAGACUAGACCAUGAAACCGAAAAAAAACAAGUGUUUUGCGGAGGGGCCUGGUCGUUCUGUUGUGUGUACGGAGAAUAUCUCCGGUCGGUUUGCCGAGACGAGCGUCGCAGAUUUAUUGAUCGCAUCUUCAAUAAAGAGUGUAUUCAUACCGGGGGAUGCAUGUUUUUUUAAGGUUAUUGUGAUUAGUGAACCGCAUUUAUACUGCUGUUACACUAGUUCUUCGUCAAUGGAUCGGAGCCUACACUAUGUAUAUAUGCGGUAUAAAUAAAAGUGCUGAUGGGAAUUUGGUUGAUAGUCGGCCGGUGGUAUUCAAAUGGUGAAGAAGAGUGAUAAUUUGCAUCGGUAAAAGUGAUAAAAUUUAAUCUCCGGGGGUUAAAGUGAACAAAAUUACAGGUCUUUGCGAAGGAAGACCGGUGUUUGUAUCGAAAUACGAGCAAAACGUUUAAUUUAGGCGAAAUGAUAUCGUUUGUAGUUAUAUCGAUGCUGUUGGCGUGUGCGGCGGCGAAACCACAGAACCAAUUCGGUGCAAGAAAUUUCAACCAGAAUGUGCCUUUCAAUCGGAAUCUGCAGAUUCAACCGUUGCAGCAGCACCAUCAUCAACAGCAGCUGCAGCAGCCUUCCCAUCAUUCCCAGCAGCAUCAAGUGCAACAUCGUCAACAGCAGCAGCAGCAGCAGCACCAAUCACAGUCCCAACGGUUCUCCCAGCAGAAUCGUCAAUCCCAAGCAUUACGGUUAAAUCAAGCCCCAACUCAGCAUCAGCAGCCGGCUCAGUUCAGUCAGCGAUUACAGGCUUUCCCUAGUCCUGCAAGACCAUUCGUUCCAAUCACUUCCUACAACAAUGAAAUUUCGUACGAUGGCACCUACUCGUAUGGUUAUACCACCGGCGAUGGUCAGCAGCAGCAGGCCCAGGGAUAUCUGAAAAACGCUGGUCUCAAAGAUUUGGAGGCGCAAUCGGUGCAGGGUUCAUAUUCGUACACUUCUCCCGAGGGUCAGCUCAUAACGGUGACUUACAUAGCUGACGAGAAUGGUUUUCGUGCCGAGGGAGCCCAUCUACCGACGCCUCCGCCAAUUCCCGAAGCUAUACAGAAAUCGCUGGCGCUGAUUGCCUCAACUCAACCCGUCCAACAGAAGUUCAGUCAGGCCUACAGCCAGCAGCAGGCGUUUGGCACGAAUCAGAACUACAAUCGCUACGGCUGAGCAUACAACGUUUGGAAGAAUGGACAGAUUGGAUGCGUGGCCUAUUGCAACACUAACUCCCGUGGUAGUUACCAGCUAGUAUCAUGUUUGAGAUGAGAGAAACAGUUGAUGCUCUUAGGAUGUAAAACGAAGAUAUAAUACGAAGUAUUAGUGUUUAGUAUCUACGCAAACUUCUCUCAACCCCUAGCUAGCAAAUAACUCAUAAUAACUGUUCAUUGUAAAUACAUAUGAUGGUGCCUUUAGCAUUUUUCGCAUUGUUAGUCAA